AUUGCGUGCCAUUGGUUCACGAGAAGAAGGGCUAAGCUGUAAAGAAGACAUCAUUCUGCGCCUGAUUCCAGCGUACAACGACGUAAGUUGCGGAGAUGGGGACGUGUCUCAAUUUCGGCCUGUUCUUGCUUCUACCAGCCACUUUGCUCGGCACUUGCAAGGCUCACCUAAAAUCCGGCUGCAAGAUCGAGACGCUGCGCGACUGCGGUGAAGACUACGUUCCCUACCUGAAGACUCAGCGCAUGUCGGAUGCGCCGCAGCAGCUGGCCAAAGAAUGCGCGAAAUACAAACGGCAGAUAGCGUGCGCUCUACACUUUCACCACGACUGCACGCGAGGUCGCAGCCAGGCUGCAGCACUCGCGACUAUAGCAGCACUCGGAGAAACCAUGGAAGCUGUUUGCACCCCGGGUUCGCACCCAAACCAAGAGUACCUGAGAGGCGUCAAAUGCAUGAACUAUGUCGGUGACAAGCUCCACACCUGCUUCACCAAUUUGAGAAGCGCUGUGCAACGGGCAGUGUUCAAGGCCCCCGCCAACGAAGCACUCCACUACACCUGCUGUGCGUACCACGACGUCACAGAAUGCAUCGGCGAAACCCUGGCGCCCUGCCAUCGAGUCGGCGCCAAGGAGUUCCUGCUUGCCGUCAUGGAACGGGUGGUGGGCACCCCACUACGACCAGCCUGCUCGACGUACACGAAAGGUUCCGACGCCUGCAAAGACCUGAAGCCACUGCCACAGCUGGGUGCUAAGGACUUCGCCGUCGACAGCCUCAUCGAGCUCGUGGCUGAAGCCGGGUCCACGAUAGGCCGGAGACCCUAGACUCUGUGAAUGCGCUUUUUUUUUUGUUUGUUUUAGUUGUUGUUUCACAGUGAUGUAUAGCAUGUGUCACUAACGCAUUCAUUCUUAACUGGGCAAGAUGUUCCGCGACUUACAAAGAAUGCGCGUAAAGUGGGGGUUGCGGGGCAGCCGUGUCGACCAACGAAACCGGUAGACAAAGGAAAAAGCGAGCUGUCCAGAAUCCUUCUUUCGUGCGUCUGUUCAAAGGACGAUUGCGAUGAUUUGUUGGCGUCUGUGUGUGAUGCCCAUUGCUUACUUUUCACAACAAAUAAUUGACCAGGGAAGCAAAAUAUGCAUGACUUACUGCAUAGAAGUGUGGGGCUCCAGCAUAACGUGACAUACUGGUGGAAAUGGCGCCGCAGCACCAAAGGAAACAUUCAUACAAAUACACGCAAAGAAGACAGACCAGAGGAAGGUAAAUCUAUUGCGGAACAGGCAGAAAGGGCAGCGUGAUAUAGACUUCUCUCUGUUUUUAUAUGCGUCUGGGGUAGAGGAAAUAGGAGGAAAAGGCGCUAAUGAAAAUUGGUGACGAGGACAGAAGGUGAGAAUACAAUACAGACGUUGUGCAGAUGAACCGAUCACAGCUGCAAGCCAAAACCCGUACAGCACAGGAAUGUAGUUAAUGCACGGAUUGCUCCGCCACUCGAUUAAGAGUCGUGGAAACAGAUCACACGCGUCAUAAUGAGACAGCGUUAUUUAGGGGCUGGGUGUAGGAAGGGGCUAGCGGGAUUUCUCUGAAACAUAUAUAGGAAAUAAAUGCAAAGCAUGGGUGGAAAUGUGCGCCUCAUGUCCUGGUGAGUGCUCCGAAAAGUAUACGCAUGGGAAGCCCCAAAGAGAGAGAAGUGAACGAGCAAACGAUCCCUUAACACGCCAUCUUGAACAGAUAAAGUACUGGGAACAUCUCUUGUAGAUCAUCACCUGCGGCUAACUAUACUUUAUUCUGCGUUUCAUCACCUCUCCUCGACUUCGAGUGCUGUUGCACAAUUGAUGACGAAGGCCACCACUCGUCGGUUUUCCCCUUCUUAUCAGCAGAAACCGAUCGCACUUUCCAAGGAUUCAUCAAGAUGGCGAGUAUAGUGUCGUUCCUUGGCACCGUACAGCCACUUAUGCUGCGCACUCAAGCACUUCUGCAAGCUAUAUCUCUAUUUUUGGAGAGUCGCAUCGGGUACCGCCAACCUAGGUGUUAUUUUCCGCAAUUAACCUUUCAGAAGCGAUUUGGAGUUCCACUUUUCAUUCCUCUUAGAAUGCUCGCAACAGCGCUCAUCGGUGAUCACUCAACCGGUUUUAGCAAACACGUUCCAAAUUUACAUAGGAACUGUACCUAGGGGUGCUACCUUGCUAGUUCUUUUGGUGCUACCAACAAUUUCAAGUUACUGCAAUUUUUCCAAGUGCACUAGCCUGAGUGAUCGUUUAUACUCUUCCCCGGCAUUCUCUUGUGUGUAUGCAUUGUUCUAUCUCCCUUUUUUUCCCUCUUUGUGUUCUCGUUUUGCUUACCCCUCCUGCAGAGUAGAAAACUGGAUACUUGAAGAGCGCAACGCGAACAUGUAGUACUACAACAAGAAAAAAUGCGACGGCCCAUUCUUUGGAGAGGUCGUUUUUUUCUUCGUUGUCUUCAUCUCUGCGCUGUGUUCCUGAAAAUGAAGCUACACCGACACUCCAAGGAUUCAUCAAGAUGGCGAGUAUAGUGUCGUUCCUUGGCACCGUACAGCCACUUAUGCUGCGCACUCAAGCACUUCUGCAAGCUAUAUCUCUAUUUUUGGAGAGUCGCAUCGGGUACCGCCAACCUAGGUGUUAUUUUCCGCAAUUAACCUUUCAGAAGCGAUUUGGAGUUCCACUUUUCAUUCCUCUUAGAAUGCUAUGUCUGCUAUGUUAAUCACGACACGCUGUUUAGUGGACUUCCCUCCCUAACUUGCACUGAUGUCUGAUAUAAAGGUAGCUAUACUUUCCAGUUUGUUUGGAAAUUGUGUCUCUGUCAUGGCCGAAACGUUCUAGCAUGGAGUUCUUUACCAGUAUGAAUUGGGCAGUAGCCUUACGCGAGCCAACCAAGAGUUUGUAUUUCUCGCGUUUUCUGUUGCGUCAACAAAGCCUCAUCCGCACAAGGAAGUUAAAGUGUGGACUGAUAAGUAUGAAGAAUGUGCCAGUAUACAGCUGCAACUUCUUUCCAAGUGAGCUAUACCAAAUAACAUAGGUUCCACAUAGAUUCGUUAGCCCCUGUUCCAUAGUGUGUGCUUUCUAUGACGGCACACUAAAUGCCUCAGAUUAAAAAAAAAAAGUUGUACCUUCGACGUAAUCUCUUAUCGCGAGUUUGCUUCAAAUGCCAAUGCGAAUGGCUGGCGCUAAGAGACUCACACUACCGUUAAUAAAAUUAUAUUACAUUUAUCCCCAGACUGCUAAUGAACAUGUAUUUAAGCUGUAAACAUGAACCAUUCACAAGGAUGUCAAAUUUCUUUUUCAAUAAUCAGAACUUACAUACGCACCUUCAUGUCGUUUUUUCGCUUUUCGUUUUAAUUUAUCUUUCUCUUUGCUCUUCAGUUCUCACGUGGUUGUUUUCUUGCUGACACUUUGUCUGGUUUUCUUAUUACCCUAAGCCUUGAAGGGCUGUUGAAGUGUUCUAAGUUUAAUUUUUAGUUUUGUUCAACGUAAAUGUUCUUCUCAUCGACACAUCUUGUACAUAGAAUACUUCAGAAAUAAAGCGGACAAGUAAUUUUGUUAGAA